CCAGGCAUCAACCAGGCAUCAACCAGGCAUCAACCAGGCAUCAACCAGGCAUCAACCAGGCACCACCCGCUCCCCGCCAUGCAGACCACCCACUGGCACGCCGAUAUCGUGGGCCAGCUGGCCGUCCUCGGUGAUCGAUACAGCCCCUCGCUCGCUGAGGUCUUUGCCUCGCACAAUGAGCUCGCGAGGCAGUCCAAACGGAUCACCCAGCGCAACCUGGAGCUCGAGAGACAGCUCGCGAUACUGCGGAUGGAGCACGCCGAUCUGAUCCGGUCCAGCACUGCCGCUGGCGACUUUAGCUCACCAAAUGUCCAGAAACGUAUCCAGGAACUGGAGCAGCAGCUGUCUGAGAUCAAGGACGAGCGAGCUGAGCUCUACAAGACCCAGGGUCAGAAUGCCCAACGGCUGCUCGAACUUAUGGACAUCACCAAGAAGCAGGAAGAAUCGAUGAAGGUCUUGAAUGAAGAAAACAAAAGGAUCAUUGCAGCCAACUCGAGUCUCACCACAAAGGCGAACGACCUGCAGGAUAAUUUGAGGGAAAAGGACAAUGUGAUCCAGAUCCUUCGCGACGAGCUCCAGGCAUACCAGCUCGAAUUGAGCCAGAGAGAAGAGCAACUCAAGACCGCUCAGGAGACGGUCAAGAAACUCGAGGUCGACAACAAGGAGUUGGUGGAGCGGCUGGUAUCGCAAAAGGAGGAUACCGCCAAGAAGAUGAACGAAGCAAACGAGUAUAUUGAGAACGCCCUGAAGACAAGAAAAAGCGUAGGAUCACCAGUAUCCGACGCUCUGCAGCCACCAGGGCCGACUGUGGGACCUUCGCAAAGCAGUGUUCCCGGAAACAUCAGAGCGACGGCGACGGCAGCUGGAUUCUUCUCGAGCAUGCUGCGUCGUGUCUCUGGCGAUGUUCCACAGACCGAUGCCAGAUAUCGAGAAGUGCCGCUGGUUCAAUCCCUCCUCCCAAUUUCAGCGGUCAAGGUCGUGUCUGCCCACGAAAGCGAAAUCAACUGUAUGCAAGUCACUCCGGACGGCUCGAUGAUUGCCUCUGGCGGAGGCGACAAGAAAAUCAUGCUCAUGGACGCCAAGACAGGUGUCCAGCGAGGACAGUUCACCGGCUCGUUGGCUGGGGUCAUGUGCGUUGCCUUCAACAAUACAGGCGACCUGAUCUUGGGCACAUCCAACGACAACUCGACCAAGAUAUGGAGCAUCGCCACGGGACGACCAAAGCACACCUUGACCGGACACAUCGGCAAGGUGUACUCGGCAAAGUUUACGGAAUCAAACAAGAUCUUUUCGGGAUCGUACGAUCGAACGAUCAAGCACUGGGACCUGGCCAAGGGAUACUGCAUCAAAACCAUCUUUACGCUGUCGAGCUGCAACGAUCUGGCACUUUUGGAUCCCGAGGGCAAUCUCCUCGCCAGCGGACACAUCGACAACAACCUGCGCAUUUGGGAUACGCGAAGUGGCAAUCUCGUCCGGGAGCUCGCCGGCAUCCACGGCGGACAGAUAACCAGCGUGGAGGUUGUCCCGAACUCGAAUCACGUCUUGACCACAUCCAGGGACAACAUGCUCCGCCUGAUUGAUCUGCGCACUUAUGAGACGGUCCAGGCAUAUGCGAGCGAGGGAUUCAAGGUCGGACUGAACUGGGCCCGGUCGUGCAUAAGCCCGGACGGCGCAUACAUCGCAUCUGGUUCCAUCGACGGGGCCGUCUUUAUCUGGAACUUCAACACCACCAAGCUGGAGACAACGCUGAAAGCCCACACCUCGGCAAUCUGCAGCACGGUGUGGAAUCCUCGUGGAGGAGCAGCGCUCUACAGUGCGGAUAAGGACAAGAACAUUGUGUUUUGGGGCAUCUAGGCGGCAUAGUCAGCCCAAACGGGAGUUGCAUGUAUUGUAGCUGAUCAUGGGGCACACAACAACGAAAUUGUCGUUCAGACUGCAGCACGAUCUGAUCAGCGACCCGACGACCAGGCGAUUGUCGCACCUGACAUGGCGUUGGACCGACAAAAUUGCAGAUCCAUGGCCAGGCGACUGGGCCGGCAAAAGUGAAAAAAUACCACUGCGUGCCCCCACCGUGGAUUGAACACGGGACCUUCAGUUUACAAGA